AUCCCCUCGUCCCUUGCCAUUUUUUUUUUCUAGAGCAAACAUGGAGGAUUCGAAGCCGUGCCGAUACUUCAGCAGCGUCUGCACGAUCCUCGCCGUCCUCGGCUUGCUUGUGAGUGGUGCCGCGUCGGAGGUUUACACGGUCGGCGACAGCGACGGGUGGAACAGCGCCGUAGAUUACGGCGUGUGGUCUCAGAAAUACAAUUUCAGCGUCGGCGAUGUUCUUGUCUUCAAGUACGUAAAGGGCCAACACGACGUGUACGAAGUGACCGAGUCGACGUUCCGCUCGUGCGACACGAGCACCGGCGUGCUGGCCAAGCACACGAGCGGCAAUGACCAGGUCACUCUCACCGAAGCCAAGAAGUACUGGUUCGUCUGCAACGUGGCUGGUCAUUGCCUCGGUGGGAUGCGGUUUGGCAUCGUCGUGAAAGGAUCGAUCACCGCCGAGAGCCCAGCUCCGGCUCCACAAUCGGGGGCUCUGGCGCCUCCACAAAUCAAUAAAAAUGGAGAUCAAGCCUUGAGGGGAUUGAGCCUGUGGGAUUAUCUGAUCCUGUUGGGCGUUUCAAUUCAGUUGUGUUCGGUACAGUAAUCGAGAUUUUGGGACGAAACGGUUGUUGUUCCGCGGAAAAUGUUUGAAGUUUCCUUGA